AUGAGCAUCAGCGAUAGCCUCAAGCUACCUCCAGGGUUCCGGUUCCACCCCAGAGACGAAGAGAUCAUCAACUUCUACCUCACACCCAAGGUUUUCCGAAGGGGAUUCACCAGCAUCGCUAUUGGAGAGGUCGACCUUAACAAGACAGAGCCAUGGGAACUCCCAGGAAAGGCAAAGAUGGGGGAGAAUGAGUGGUACUUCUUCUACCAGAAGGACCGCAAGUACCCAACGGGUAUGAGGGCGAACCGAGCCACGGAGGCGGGCUACUGGAAGGCUACUGGCAAGGACAAGGAGAUCUAUGGAGUCACAGGAGGGGUAGCGCCACCGGUGAUCAUCGGCAUGAAGAAGACUCUUGUCUUCUACAAGGGCCGAGCUCCUAGGGGUGCAAAAACCAACUGGGUCAUGCACGAGUUUAGGCUCGAAGGCAGCAACAGACUCCCUAAGGAUGAGUGGGUGGUAUGUCGUGUAUUUCACAAGACCACUGGGAUCAAGAAGGUGCCUGGGCCUGCGUCAUCGUCUUUCGACAUUGCUAUGGCCUAUGCUGGGAUUGAUCAGAGCAGUGUCCCCAUGCCCAUGCCAAUGCCAACGCAAUAUCCCAUCCUACCAUAUUUCACCAUGGACCCAGCAGUACCCUACUACUCCACUACCUGUGCGAGCUCCAUGUCGGUGCCACCCGUGAUGCCGCCUAUGGCAAGUGUGGGCAGUGCUGGGCAUGAUAUGAAUGGAGCUCAAUUUGGUAACCCAAUGGCCAACGUGUCGUCAAUGUCCUUCUUCCAUCAGAUGGGCAUGGAGGCAGAAGGCACCAGUAGCUUCAUAGCCACACCUGAGAGUAGGCAUUCAUGAAUGGUGGCUGCACAACAAUAUAUCUAUAGUUGCAUUGCAAGCAUUUUGUGGAAUAAUACAUGGUUUCUAUACAUAUAUUUUCGUAACUAGCAAGGCAUAUGUGUGUAUAGGCAUGUACUAGUAUAUCCACCAUACCAUUGCAUGUGUAUAUGUGUGUUUAUUCACAAUAGUCAUGGCGCAUGUGUGUAUGUGUGUAUUCUAUAUUCCAUAAAUACCAAAACAUAUGUCGAUGGUUGUUUUGUA